AUGAAUGCGGAUGGAAUCAUUGCAGCAGACACGACGACGACGCCGCCGCCAAGUUCUGCGGAGAUAGGAGAAGCCUUGACACCAUGUCCAUCCAGUGACAGCAGCGCCGCUAGAAGCGCGCCGCCGAUGCCACCCUUAUCGCCGCCGCGGCCAUCCCAACCUCACUCACAAUCUCUAGGCUCACUGCCCAAUACCCCGGCUCCGCCGUCGUCUGCGGAUCGGUCUCCCGCUGUCACUCCGACUCCGCAACAACGAAUGGACGGACCCGUAUGGGCAGUAUCAUCAGAGGAAACCGGUGUAGUUCUGGGAUUGGAACAACUGGAACGCCAACAAGACGAAGCGGAACGACGGAGAAGAGAACAGAGAGCAAGAGCGACUACUCCUCGAUCGCAUCAAUCACCAUCUCCUAGUCCAGCUAUGCCUUCCACACCACAAAGCACUCCACGACGACAAUAUCUCGAUGACGACGAACACACGGCACCAUCCUCCACGACCCACACUACCAGAGACGCCGCCAGCCACACGGGGGACACGUCUCUAGGAUCAGGAGAUGAUGUCUCCGCCAAGGAAUACACCAAAUUCGAACAAAUGAUGAAACAAACACGACACUCGCUCCGGAAAUUGUCGUCGCAAAGUAGCGAUUUCCUACGACGUCGUGGAAGCAACGACAUGGUGGAUCCUGCGGAAGAGGAUGAUGAAGGCGGGGCGGUGGAUGCCAUCAUCUAUGGACACUUGCAAAAGCUAGGGCGAAAUGGAAAAUGGCAAACCAGAUGGUUCGAAAGUGAUGGAGAGUGCUUAUCCUAUUACAAAUCUAGCAAAAGAACCAAGCUACUCGCCACUCUGGAUUUGGAAAAGGCGGGUAUUAUUGUCGUCAAUGAAGAUGAUCCAAAGGGAUGCUCCUUUACGAUUCAAGUACUCGGGCGACCCUACUAUUUGAGAGCAGAAAGUAGAGGCGCAUGCAAAGACUGGGUAAUUACUCUGAAUCGAGUUAAGGAAGCAAAGCUACAUCUAGGAAACGUCAAGCUAGUACAGAAGCAAAGACACAUUCUGCAACUGCGACACAGCCCCCCGGACUUAUUGGAUGGUAAUGUGAGCACGUAUACACAAGGAGUUGUGGCGCACGCAAACAGACAACGCACCCGCGCAGUCAACUUGGAAAACAUUGAAGAAAUGAUGCACAAAGAAAAGGAGGAGGAUCUGGAUGUGAGCGAUCCAAGCGUGACUCCGGCGUUCGAGGAGAAUGAAUCCAUCUCGCAUGUCGUUUUGGCACGGUGGCAAAAACGAAAAACAUCAAUGUCGAAGCUCGCGACUAAACUGGCGAAAUGGGCAAGGAGCGUCAGUAAGAAGUAUAAUUGUACCGACGUGGAGAAUGACGUGCGGUUGGACCGACACGUUCACCCACCUGGGCAUGAUGAUCCUGUCGCUCGUCCCAUGCCAAAAAUUGUAGAACGAGACGACGAUAUUCCCAAAAAUGAUCCAGCUCUAAGUGGUUGGAUCGGGAAGGAAACGUCACUUGCGGUGAAGGCAGGCCCAGUGGUGAUGGAACCAGAUGAUUCAUCUGUUGGUGAACCACCAAUGAACGACCCAGUUUCCCUCUCUGUUUCCUCUGGUAGCUCCUCGAAUCCCGAAGAGGACGAAAGUGAAACCGAAACCAGAGAGUUGUCAUGA